AUGAUAGCGACAACUACCAUCAGUCCGGCGCUGAAAAUCGGCCUUCGGUGCCUUGGUGUAUGGCCGGACAUGCCACAUUCUACCGUUUAUUGUGUCAUUGUUAUGUCAAGUACUUUGAUCGUACAAUACUUUCAGUAUCUGUACGUAUUCUCGCACUUUAAGCUUAGCGAACUCUCAAAUCUCGUGGAUGGCUUAUCUUCGACUUUAGAGAGCAGUUUGAUGUUUAUUAAGGUGGCUAGUCUUUGGAAACAUCGUCGAGUUUUUCAUCAACUUUUGGUCGCAAUGGAUAAUGAUUGGCGCGAGUGCAACCACGUUGAUCAGUAUUUAAAUAUAAUGACACUUAAAGCCGGUAUAUCGCAUUUUUGUUCCAAUGCUAUGCUGAACUUUAAUACAUUUGCUGGAGUGUUUUAUCUUUUGGGUGAUUACGCUAUUCGUUUUGCAUAUCUAACAAAAGGUUACAAUAAUACUUUGCGGCAAUUUCCUAUCAAGGUACAAUUUCCCUUUGAAACGGAGCAAUCACCGAUUUUCGAGUUGCUCGGUUUAGCUUUAUUUCUACAUGUGAUGGUUGGUUCGUGCACGAUCGCUAUUGUAAAUGGAUUGAUCUUUAGUUUGGUAAGUCUCGCACUUUAAAUUAUCGCAUCUUUAUUCUUUAUGAAAACUGUGUAACAACAGGAGAACUUGCAAUAAGAGCUUAUUGUUAGAUCCGAAAAAAAUCGUCGUACAAAGUUUACUUUGCAUAAUUCAUAAAGAUUUUGUUAUAUAUGAAUUGCGGUAUUGUACU